AUGGCGAACGCGGCGGCGGCGGCGGCGGCGGGGGACGGCCCGCGGGCGCUGCGGGCCCUCACCGGGUGCCUGCUGGGCGCCCUCGUGCUGGGCACGCUGGUGGGCAACGCGCUGGUGUGCCUGGCCGUCCUGCGGUUCCGCCACCUGCGUGCCAAGGUCACCAACUGGUUCGUGCUGUCGCUGGCCGUCUCAGACCUCUGCGUGGCCCUCCUGGUGAUGCCCUGGAAGGCGGUCACCGAGGUGGCCGGCAGCUCCUGGCUCUUCGGCAGCCGCUUUUGUGACACCUGGGUGGCCUUCGACAUCAUGUGCUCCACCGCCUCCAUCCUCCACCUCUGCAUCAUCAGCCUGGACCGGUACUGGGCCAUCGCCAGCCCCUUCCGCUACGAGCGCAGGAUGACGCAGCGCCUUGCCUGCGCCAUGAUAGCCGUGGCCUGGGCCCUCUCCAUCCUCAUCUCCUUUGUCCCAGUGCAGCUACACUGGCAUAAAGCCGACUCCUACUACUACACUGGCUCCCGGCAGCCUGGGACGCCCCGCUGCGAUGUCAGCCUGAACCGCACUUAUGCCAUCGCCUCCUCCCUUAUCAGUUUCUACAUUCCCGUGGCCAUCAUGAUCAUCACCUAUACCAGGAUCUACCGAAUUGCCCAGGCCCAGAUCCGCCGCAUCUCCACCCUCGAGCGAGCGGGGGGGCAGUGGCCACCUCACGGCAAGGAGCCCACCUCCUCUUUGCGGAGUUCCCUGCGCAAGGAGACCAAGGUGCUGCAGACCCUCUCUAUCAUAAUGGGAGUCUUUGUCUGCUGCUGGCUGCCCUUCUUCCUGCUCAACUGUCUGCUGCCUUUCUGCCAGCCCGAGCUCGAGAGAGACCGCGAAGGACAGUCGCCCUGUGUUGGCCAAACCACCUUCAACGUCUUUGUGUGGUUUGGCUGGGCCAACUCCUCAGUGAAUCCAGUGAUCUAUGCUUUCAACGCAGACUUCAGGCGGGCUUUCAGCAACCUCCUGGGCUGCCAGUGCUGCUGCUGUGGCACACACAGAUCCACUGUGGAGAGGGUCAACUUCAGCAAUGAGCUGGUUUCCUAUCACCAUGACACCACCUGCGAGAAGGAAGGAGCUGCCUCGUCGUCAGUACCCCCCACUGCCGUCGCUGCCUGGGUGCAGCCCAUACCCCAUGCCGUAAGCCUUCAGGGAGAGGACAGCAGUGAGGAGAUGUCUAUGGAGAAGAGGCCUGUGACUUCUCAGACACAGGCAGCCCCUGGCAGCAGCCCCAAGAGUCGUCAGGUGCCAGCUAUUUUGCAAUUGUAUUGUAAGGCAGAGCUAUCCCUGGAAACUAUUACCCCCUGUGCAGGGCUUGGUCGGUGUGAGGGACCUCAUCACCCUGUUCCGGAGGGAUAAGUGGUUGCGUGUUUCUCACGCACACAGCCAUCCCACAGGGAGAGAUCACCCUGCCUCCACGUAAGCUACGCCCGUCCCCCAGCAAACAAAGUCCCAUCCCAGAAAGAUGGGAACCUGCUGCUCUUACCGCAGAGGGGUGACAGGUAUAUGAAGUCCAUUCCAAAAGCAUAUAGCAGCCACACAUUAACCUCUUCCCAUGGCCACCUUCACCCCUUACUCUCUUUCACAGUCAGUAGACAUUUCCCAUGCACUUGUUCACCCCCCUUCUUCAAACCUGUGAUACUUAUUAAGAAUAGUGAGAUAAUUAGAUCAAAAUAAAGCAACUCAUAGUUUCAGACUCUGUAAUAUAAUCUUAUGUAGAUAACUUACUAUUAGAUUUAGCUUCAUUGCUAAAACCCAUUUCCCCCCCCCCCCAUGGUUUCACAUCAUACAUGUGCAUAGUUCUGGUCUUGGAGGUUUGCAUAUAGUUUUAACUCUGUGUUUAUUUCAAAGCCGCAUGCCUGGAUUUACAUGUCUGAAUCUGUGUUUAGGCUCUUAAAUAAAAAUUGCUCUAUUAAAA